CCGUCAGGAAAAAGCGCCAACUUCUGCCGCACCGUCUGAAUCCCCAAACAUUCGUAUUUACCGGAUACUCCGCGAAAUAUAGUAGACUUCGACCUGGCAUGACUAAUUCAGUGAGGUGCGCUGUUGCAUCUCUGUGAAGAGAAAAAGACGCAACGUUAGCAGUGAUAAAGAUGCAGGGUCUGCAGGGUGAGAACGCGGCGGCGCCGGGGAGCCCCAUCAAGAGGAGUAAACUGUCUCUGAAGUUCCUCCACAAGAAAGACACUAAACGGGCUCUGGACUUCUCUGAACCUCAAGCAGAUGAGCCCAAAACAGUUGAACAAGUGGAGCCUGAGGCGAGCAGCUGUGAUCAGGUCCCCGGUCCUUCUCCAUGUCCAGCCUCACCUGGCCUUCUCCUGUCAUGUGACAAGAGAGAAGGCUUGGUGCCAUUUGUGGGUUUCAACAACUUGGGCAACACCUGCUAUUUGAACAGUAUUUUACAGGUGCUGUACUACUGCCCGGGGCUCAGAGAGGGAAUAAAGAAACUCUACACCCUGUCUAAAAGAAAAGACAAACCCAAGGAAGAAACGGAUCAAAGCCAAGAGCAGUCAGAAGUUGCCGCUGAGGCGUUGCCGGCUCAGAUCGAGCUCCUCGGGAGCUUCAACAGUCUCAUAACAUCAGCGGAGCAGCUGCAGUCCAGCUUCCUGUUGAACCCCGACAGCUUCAGUGAAGGAGAGCUCGCUACACCGCCUCGGAGGAUACUCCACACACUCAGGCUGCUGAACCCCAUGUAUGAAGGCUAUCUUCAGCAUGAUGCCCAAGAGGUGAUGCAAUGCAUCCUGGGAUAUAUCCAAGAGGCUUGUGACACCAUCAGGAAGGAGCAGGAGUCGGAGAGCGAUGCCAAUGAGACGGAGGUUAAACUUGAGGACGGCAGCUCGGCGACAGAAUCCCAAACUCCCCCAGAAGAGGACGGCCAAGUCAGCGGGAAGAGGAAGAGUGACACUGAAGUGGGGAACGCCAAGAAGAAGCCCAAAUCUGUCAAGUCUAAGAAAUCUGAUGCCGAGGUUAAUAAGCCCUUCACCCGCUCCAAAAGGAAGUCCUUCAGUGACGUCGUGGUGAAAGACGGAGAGGCCGAGGAUGAAAAGAUGAAGCUAAACGGGGCGGAGGAGAAAGGCAGCGAUUGUGAGGGGAAAGGUGACAAGGCGUCUAAAGAAGCAGAGGGGAAAGGAAAGAAGAGGUCGAAGCUGAGCUGGCUGAGGCGUUCAGGGAAACAGCCGAGUAUCUUCUCCAAGUUCCUCAGCGUGGGAAAGAUCAGCUCCGUGAAGAACCAAAACAAACCGGAGCCGGAGGACGAGCCGACUGACGAGAGAAGUCCCAGCGAGAAGACCAGCGAAGAGACAUCGCCUCCAAAGAAGGCUGACGAGGAGGAGGCAGCAAAGCUUCAGGAGGGCCUGGACUUGAUGGAGCACCUGUUCCAGGGCCAGCUGGUUUUGAGGACUCGCUGUCUGGAGUGUGAGAGCUUCACGGAAAGGAGAGAAGACUUCCAAGACAUCAGUGUCCCGGUGCUCGACGAGGAACCCAGCAGCCCGGACGAGCUCUCGAAGGUUUCUCCUGAUCCCAAACCAGAGCUGAAGACUCUGAAGUGGGCGAUCGCUCAGUUUGCGUCAGUGGAGCGCAUCGUUGGGGAGGACAAGUACUUCUGUGAGACGUGUCACCAUUACACCGAGGCCGAGAGGAGUCUGCUGUUUGACAAAACUCCCGAAGUCAUCACCAUCCACCUAAAGCGCUUUUCUGCCAACAGCUUGGACUUGGACCCGUAUGCAGGUCUGUCCAAAGUGAACACCCCCCUACAGACCCCUCUGACCUUGUCUCUGGAGGAGUGGUGCACCGGCUCCUCGUCCACCAAGGGUCAACGCUACCAGCUGUUUGCCGUGGUCAUGCACAGCGGCGUCACCAUCAGCAGCGGCCACUACACCGCCUACGUCCGCAUGUCUGAUCUGAAAGAUGUGACGCUGUGGGACAGAAAAGAGGCAGAAGAGGAGAAUAAAGAGGGAGCCCACGUGAACGCUGAAUUGCCGGACUACGAUGACGGAGAGGUGUCUUUCAGCCUGAGAGCGAGGGGACGGAGAGGAGCGAGUUUGGCGAGCAGCAAAGUAGGAGGAAAGAAGCAGUCGGAGGGUGGAGUCGGACUGUUGGGCGGCCAGAGGAGUCGGUCCAGCUGUGAGCUCGGGAGCAACGGCAAACACACGGAGAAAGCAGCCAACAGUGGAUCAGAGGGGUCCAAACGGAGGAAACCCACCAACAGCCUGGGCCAGAGUAGUGAAGCAGGACAGGAGGCAUCCACCACUUCCUGUGGAGGGGUGCAGGCGUUGGACAGCCUCCUCGAUUAUGAGGGCAAGUGGCUGCUGUUUGACGACUCUGAGGUGCGUUUGUUUGAGGAGGAAGAGUUCCUGCGAGCCUGCUCUCCUGAGACCUCCUCUUCAUCAACACCAUACCUGCUGUUCUACAGACGGAUGCCUGGACCCCAGCACUGACAUGACUGGGGGGGGCGCAGAAAGACUCUUUGUAGAGAAACACCCAGACACAUUCAGUGGCUGCCAUAUCAACACCUGAGCUCACCUCAGAUGUUCACGAGCCUGUUUAGGUUUUAGAGAUAUUCAGUCAAGUGGGAAUUAAAUCUUCUGUGUGGCGGGAUUGCUUUAGCCCCUUUCUCUGUUAAGCACAGUGAUCGGUCUUUUUGCUUUCUGUUUAUUAUCUCUCUCGUCUAUCACUCGCUCAAAGUUUUUACAAUUUGGAAAAUCACUUUUGAACUAAAAUCGUAUUUGAAAAUGGAGACUGUCUUUUUCUAAAAUGAAUUUAUAUUGUCAAGAGACUGUCGGUGCUGAGCAUGUUUGGAAUAGAUUACUCAACUCAAAGCCAAAAUGCGUUUCCAUUUCAAAGCAAUACGCUGCAGUUAUGAAGAGAACUUUUUCCUCCUAUAAGAACUUCAGAGUUUCUGUUUUGCACUGAAGCCUUUUUUUAAUACAUCUGAAGCAUGACAUGCAAGUCCUCUAUGCUACGACUCUUACACUGGCAUAUCUUUACAUUAAACACACUUAUAUAUAAGCAAAGGUUAUACAUUACAGCCUUUUGAAGAUCCAAAUCUAGAGUGAAGAUAUUUAAACCAUAAAAUGUAUAUUUCUUUAGUCAACUAUCAGGUACAUAUCAUGAAAGCUUAAUGAAACAUAAUUAAGAGAACGGGUCAAAUCCGUGCUCAGUGAGACGGAACGCAUUCAGUUGUACUACUCUUUAAAGAAGGGGAUCAGUUAAGAAGUUAUUUUAGGACAAAACGAUUGAGCAGCAGACAGGAAGGAAUUAAAAGUGCACAGAGACAGAUUUAUGAGACUAAAGUAAGCAGGUCCAGGAUCGCUCACAUCCGAUGGUGUCGAUGUGAUUGUUUACUAUCUUCAUACGUCCAGUGUGUGAACAAUAUGAGACUAAAUGCUUUGACUGUGUAAGUGAAUAAACAGACUGCCCUCUCCCUUUAGAGAGACCAGCAUCUUUCACAAUCAGCCAAAACAAAAACAUACAUUUUAGAAGAUGUAACGUUAUCAGAAUUUGUCCCUAUGAACACACAAAUAAUCAUGUUACUAUUAAGGGUUUGUUUUGUGCUUGUGUUAAUUACAUAGCUUUGUUUGAUCAUGUGAAAAUAUUCAGUAACGGUGACAUUGUCUCAGGUUCAACAGCAGUGUUUGUGUCCAAUCAUGGUUUCAGGGAUUGAAUUGGUUGUGAUUAAUACUCACUAUGAAUCAUACACAUGAACGAUCAGCAAGUUGUGUGUUGUCUCCUUUAAACUCAUUCCAGCUGUAAGUCUAUUGUUGUCGUCAGGUUCAAUUCUGAAGCAAUAAAGUUUUUACCUUCA